AUGCACAUAGUUGUUUCCCAGACAACAUCCGAUGUCAACAUUGUUGUUUUGGACAACGACGCUAACACGACCAAGGCGACAAUCGUGCAUCGGUCGAUGUCUGUGAUCAACGAACAACGAUCGGCAAUAUUCGAGUAUCUCGUUAUGAGACAUUCGACGAAGAAGAGUUUGGAGGAGAAAAAGGAGGCGAAAAGAAGAUACAUGAGGGAGCGCUACCAGAGAAUCAAGAAUGACCCAACGCUUUUCCAGAUCGAGCAAGAGAAGGAGAAAGUAAAAUAUAUAAGAAGAAAACAAAAGAGGCAGGCAACCAUAAAAUACAAUAAACACAUGGAACAGAUGGGCUACCGGCUACAAUGGCAAGAGACCCCCAGUAGACGUCGACAAAGAAAUGUUCAACCUAAUGACAUGUAUUUUGGCGACGACUUCGCCAUAGCU